GUUAUGUCGUCUGCACUUUUAUCUCAUCCCAUUCCCUCCUUUUUCUAUUCUACGCGACCACGCUGAUCGCACAUACAAAAAUGUCUAAAAUAUUUACCCCUACAAAUCAAAUUCGGCUGACGAAUGUUGCUGUUGUGCGAAUGAAAAAAGGAGGUAAACGUUUCGAAAUAGCCUGUUACAAAAAUAAAGUCGUCUCAUGGAGAAACAAAGUUGAAACGGAUCUGGACGAGGUUCUUCAAGCUAGAACGGUAUUUACCAACGUUUCUAAAGGUCAAGUAGCAAAAAAAGAAGAUUUGCUGGCAAGUUUUGGAACAGAAGAUCAAAACGUCAUCUGUCAGGAAAUUCUUGCAAAAGGUGAACUGCAAGUGUCAGAGAAAGAGCGUCAUGUUCAGCAGGACUCCAUGUUAAAGGAAAUUGCCACAAUGGUAUCAGACAAAUGUGUUAAUCCUGAGACCAAAAGACCAUAUCCUGUAACCAUGAUCGAAAAGGCCAUGAAAGAUAUUCAUUUUUCAGUCAAACCUAACAGGAAUUGUAAACAACAGACCCUUGAGGUUAUAAAAAUGUUGAAAACUCAAAUGCCUAUUGAAAGGGCACACAUGAGGUUGAAAAUAACCGCUUCAAAAGAAGGUAGGAAGCUGAAAGAAAAACUGGUGAAGUUGUGUACCAGUAUUGAGUCUGAAGAAUGGGAAGACAGCACACUUAUUAUGGUGUGCCUGAUCGAUCCUGGUAAUUUUCGCGAAAUUGAUGAUCUGGUCAGAUCUGAAACAAGAGGUCAAGGACAUAUGGAUCUCCUUAACUUAAAGGAAGUAACGGAAGGAGAAGAAACGGUUGAAUAAUACAUUUCCACGCUAUCUUACGUUAAAAAGGAAAAUAUACAGUUUUUUUUGGUGUCCGUGGUGGCCCUACCUAUUCGAAA